UUCACAAACAAAAACGGACGUUUAUAUGGGAUUCCCAGUGGGUUACACGGAGCUUCUGUUCCCAAAGCCUGUUCUUCAAAUCCUCUCAGUAUUGGGUUACAUAAGAAGGUUGAUUUUCACCUUCUUCAGCUACACGGGGCUCCCCAACUUCCUCGAACCCGAUGACACCGAUAACACAAUGCCCCAAUUCCACCCCGUCUCGGAGCUCCUCAUCGGAGAGAUCCUUCCCGUGGUGAAGUUCUCGGAGCUGGUGGAGCCGCCUGAGAGGUGCGCCGUGUGCCUCACGGACUUCGAGCAGGAGGAUGAGAUCCGACGGCUGGUGAACUGCACGCACGUGUUCCACCGGGGUUGUGUGGACCGUUGGAUGGGUUACGAUCAGAGCACGUGCCCUCUGUGCAGGACACCCUUCAUUCCAGAUGAUUUCUUCAAUCACGGCCUCUGGGCUGCUUCUGCCAUUCCCGAAUUUCAUGCUUAGCUGCUUCUUCUUCUUCUUAAUAUCUUCAUUUCAUUUUCCCUAUGUAUCUAUAUGUGUAUGUGUGUACAUAGUUCAGCUCCUCCAAAUGGACCCGCGGCUCCUACAGUUUAAUUGAAUUGAUUAUAUCCAUCUCGGUUUAGAUUACUUUUUCAUAUACAGAAUUGGAUUUGGCUUGCUACCA